AUGAUGAGGGGACGACCUCCGAUAUCGAUCUGCACCUUGACGCGACGCCGCGGUUUUCCGCUUCCGCCAGCUACAACAUCUGCAGCUACCCCGCCGCUACCACACCUUCCUCGCCCAUCGUCACGCCUCUGUCUACAGCUGCAUCCACGCCGCCUGCGCUCCCAUCUGCCCUUACAAUCCGCCUGUGCGCCAGCCCACCGACAGCAGCGAAGGCUCUUUUCCCACACGGCGCCCGCCAUGACGGCCUCCAAGAUCGAUGGCACCGCCAUUGCGCGCAGCAUUCGCGAGCGUCUGGGUGCCCAGAUCAAGCAGCGACAAGAGACCAACCCUCGGUACAGGCCGUCGCUGAAGAUCAUCCAGGUUGGCGACCGCUCUGACUCGAGCACCUAUGUGCGCAUGAAGCUCAAGGCCGCCGAAGAGGCUAGCAUUGACUGCGAGUUGGUCAAGUUCGACGAAGACGUCUCCGAGGCCGAGCUGCUCCAAACCAUCUGGAAUUACAACAACUCUACCGACAUCCAUGGCAUCCUGGUCCAGCUGCCGCUCCCCAAACACAUCUCCGAGCACACCAUCACGUCCUCCGUCGCUGACACUAAAGAUGUCGAUGGUUUCGGAAUCUCGAGCAUAGGAGAACUAGCUAAGCGUGGAGGCCAGCCCUUGUUCACCCCCUGCACUCCCAAGGGAGUUAUGGUUCUCCUACGAGAGGCUGGUGUGGACAUCAAGGGCAAGAAUGCUGUGGUCCUAGGCAGGAGCGAUAUCGUGGGUAGCCCCGUCAGCUACCUUCUGAAAAACGCCGAUGCUACCGUCACUGUUUGCCACUCCAGGACUGCCAACAUUCCCGAAUUGAUAAAACAGGCCGAUAUUGUCGUCGCUGCUAUCGGUCAACCGCACUUUGUCAAGGGUGAUUGGCUGAAGCCGGGCGCUGUUGUCAUUGACGUUGGCACCAACUACAUUCCCGAUUCCACCAAGAAGUCAGGCCAGAGACUGGUGGGCGAUGUCGAUUAUGACUCGGCAGUCGAGGUUGCUUCGCACAUCACUCCCGUUCCCGGAGGUGUGGGUCCCAUGACCGUGGCCAUGCUAUUGCAGAACGUCGUCGAUUCGGCAGACGCCACCUUUGAUAGGCAAAAGAAACGCCACAUCAGCCCCCUCAGCAUCAAGCUUCAAACUCCUGUGCCGUCUGACAUUGCCAUCUCUCGCAAACAAUACCCAAAGCAAAUCACCCACGUGGCCGACGAGGUUGGUAUCCUGCCUCAUGAAGUGGAGCCUUACGGUUCCACAAAAGCAAAGGUUGAUUUGGCCCUCUUGAAGCGCCUCGAACACCGCAAGAAUGGUAAAUACGUUCUCGUAGCGGGUAUUACUCCUACCCCGCUCGGAGAGGGUAAAUCUACCACUACCAUCGGUGUAGCGCAGGCGCUGGGUGCGCACUUGAACAAGAUUAGUUUCGCCAACGUUCGACAGCCUAGCAUGGGACCUACCUUUGGUAUCAAGGGAGGUGCUGCUGGAGGUGGAUACAGCCAGGUCAUUCCCAUGGAUGAAUUCAACCUUCAUCUCACUGGCGACAUUCAUGCCAUCACCGCAGCGAACAAUCUGCUUGCUGCAGCCAUUGAGACACGCAUUUUCCACGAAAACACGCAAAAAGACGGACCAUUGUACAAACGACUAGUUCCUACCAAGAAAGGAAAACGUCAAUUUGCACCCAUCAUGUUCCGUCGUCUGAAGAAGCUGGGCAUUGACAAGACGAACCCUGACGAGCUUACUGAGGAGGAAAUCCGACGUUUCGCCAGACUGGAUAUUGACCCUGAGACCAUCACCUGGCGCAGAGUUCUUGAUGUGAACGACAGGCAUCUGCGUGCCAUUACGGUUGGACAAGCGCCGACCGAAAAAGGACAGACCCGUGAGACUGGGUUCGACAUCUCAGUUGCCAGCGAAUGUAUGGCCAUUCUUGCGCUCAGUAACAACCUCGACGACAUGCGCGAGCGCCUCGGCCGUAUGGUUGUGGCCAGCUCUCGCAGUGGCGACCCUGUGACCUGCGAUGAUAUCGGAGCUGGAGGCGCUUUGACCGCUCUGCUCAAGGAUGCUAUCAAGCCCAACUUGAUGCAGACGUUGGAGGGAACACCUGUUUUUGUGCACGCCGGCCCAUUCGCCAACAUCAGUAUCGGAGCCUCCUCGGUUCUCGCUGAUAAAUUAGCUCUUAAACUCGCAGGCACAGAGCCGGACGAAGAUGCCGAAGAAAAGGCUGGAUAUGUGGUUACGGAAGCUGGAUUCGAUUUCACCAUGGGAGGCGAGCGAUUCUUCAACAUCAAAUGCAGAGCUUCAGGCUUAGUACCCGACACAGUGGUCAUUGUUGCUACUGUGCGAGCACUCAAAGUCCACGGUGGCGGUCCAGAUAUUGCGCCAGGUGCACAGCUACAAGAAGUCUACCGAACUGAAAACGUCGAGCUUCUUCGGGCAGGAUGUGUCAAUCUCAAGAAGCAAAUCGCAAACGCGAAAUCAUAUGGCGUGCCUGUUGUCGUGGCCAUCAACCGCUUCGAAACCGAUACGCAGGCAGAGAUUGAUGUGAUCAAGGAGGAGGCACUUGCAGCCGGCGCAGAGGACGCCAUCCCCGCCAACCACUGGGCUGAAGGAGGCAAAGGUGCUGUCGACCUUGCCAGAGGCAUCAUUGCCGCCAGCUCCAAACCCAAGCCGGACUUCAAGCUGCUCUACAACCUUGAAGGUGGCGUGCAGGAGCGCAUGGAGAGCAUUGCCAAGCAAAUGUAUGGCGCCGAUAAAGUUGAGUUCUCGGAACUCGCCCAGAAGAAGGUCGACACCUACGUAAAGCAGGGUCUCGGCAACCUUCCUAUCUGUAUAGCUAAGACACAAUACUCUCUCUCUCACGAUCCGGCACUCAAGGGCGCACCAUCGGGCUUCACGGUGCCAAUCCGUGAUGUCAGGAUGGCCGCCGGUGCAGGUUACCUCUACGCACUUGCGGCUGAUAUCCAGACCAUUCCGGGAUUGCCCACCGCCCCCGGUUAUCUCAAUGUCGAUGUCGACACGGAGACUGGUGAGAUUGACGGGCUUUUCUAA